GGCGCUAUGCUCCCCGAGUGACUGACUGAGCCGCCAUCCGGGCACCUCCUCGGCGGCGGCGGCGGCCGGGCGGGGGGAAGAGGCCGGGAGGAGCGAGGCCGGCAGGGAGGGGGCGCUGGGCUCUUCCCCACCCCGCCCCGAACCCUCCUCCCCUGCGGCCUGCUGCGGCGGCGGCGGCGGCGGCCCGGCCCGGGUAUGGGGGAACGGGGGCCGCCGCCGGUCGGGCACUGAGCGGCGCUGUUGCUCGACGGUGGGUUCCCCUUCGGAGGAACGGGGAGAGAGAACGAGCUUCACCCCCCCCCUUCCUCCGGCUCCCCGCUCUUCAACGAUUACCGGCUCGGCGGCCUCUCCUUGGACGGCCCAGCCGGCUACCAUGGCGGAGAACUUACUCGACGGGCCGCCCAACCCUAAGCGAGCCAAGCUCAACUCGCCGGGCUUCUCCGCCAGUGAUAGCACAGAUUUUGGAUCUUUGUUUGACUUGGAAAAUGAUCUUCCUGAUGAGCUGAUCCCCAAUGGCGAGUUGGGCCUUUUAAACAGCAGUGGGAACCUUGUUCCAGAUGCCGCUUCCAAACACAAACAACUUUCUGAACUUCUAAGGGGAGGCAGCGGCUCUUCCUUAAACCCAGGAAUUGGAAAUGUGAACUCAAAUAGCCCUGUCCAGCAGGGAGUUGGUAGUCAAGUUCAAGGGCAGCCAAACAGUGCUAAUAUCGGUAAUCUGGGUGCUAUGGGUAAGAGCCCUUUAAACCAGGGAGACUCUUCUGCUUCGGGCCUGGCAAAGCAAGCAGCCAGCACCUCUGGACCUACCACACCUGCAUCACAAACUCUGAACUCUCAAGCACAAAAACAAGUGGGGAUGGUGACAAGCAGCCCUGCAACAUCACAGACUGGACCUGGGAUAUGUAUGAAUACUAAUUUCAGUCAGACACACCAGAACCUUCUCAACAGUAAUUCUGGUCACAGUUUAAUGAAUCAGCCUCAGCAAGGACAAGGGCAGGUAAUGAAUGGAUCUCUUGGGGCAGCUGGAAGAGGAAGGGGAGCAGGAAUGCAAUAUUCUGCCCCUGCCAUGCAGGGGAAUGCAGGCAGUGUGCUGGCAGAGACUUUAACCCAAGUGUCUCCACAGAUGGCUGGUCACACUGGACUGAACACAGCACAGACAGGAGCAAUGACUAAAAUGGGAAUGACAGGUAACACUAGUCCCUUUGGGCAGCCCUUCAGUCAAACUGGGGGGCAGCAGAUGGGAGCUACAGGAGUGAAUCCUCAGUUACCAAACAAGCCAGGCAUGGCGAAUAGUUUGUCUCCCUUUCCUGCCGACAUCAAGAGUACUCCCGUCACCAGUGUGCCAAAUAUGUCCCAGAUGCAAACCCAGGUACAGCAAGUGGGGAUAGUACCGACGCAGGCAAUGGCAACUGGACCAACAGCAGAUCCGGAGAAGCGCAAACUGAUCCAGCAGCAGUUGGUUUUGCUGCUUCAUGCUCACAAAUGUCAGAGGCGUGAGCAAGCAAAUGGAGAGGUGCGGGCCUGUGCUCUCCCACACUGUCGAACCAUGAAAAACGUCCUCAACCACAUGACACACUGUCAAGCUGGGAAGGCCUGUCAAGUUGCACAUUGUGCAUCUUCAAGACAAAUCAUCUCCCACUGGAAGAACUGUACUCGGCACGACUGUCCUGUGUGCCUUCCUUUGAAAAAUGCCAGUGACAAAAGAAAUCAACAACCCCUUCUAGGGUCUCCAGCUGGUGGAAUCCAAAAUUCCAUCGGUUCUGUUGGCACCGGCCAGCAGAAUACUCCAUCGCUAAGUAAUCCUAAUCCGAUUGACCCCAGCUCCAUGCAACGAGCCUACGCUGCCCUUGGACUGCCAUAUGGCAACCAGCCUCAAACACAGUUGCAGCCGCAGGUACAAGGCCAACAGCCAGCACAGCCUCAGCCUCACCAGCAACUGAGGACCAUUAAUGCAUUGGGAGCCAACCAGAUGAACCUUCCUGCAGGAGGAAUAACAACAGACCAGCAAGCUAGUCUAAUUUCUGAAACUGCUCUUCCAACAUCCCUUGGGACAAAUAAUCCACUCAUGAAUGAUGGCACAAGUUCUGGCAAUGUUGGAAACCUCAGCUCAAUGCCAACAGCUGCACCUCCUUCUAGUACCGGGGUAAGGAAAGCAUGGCAUGAACAUGUCACUCAGGAUCUGCGCAAUCAUUUAGUGCAUAAACUUGUCCAAGCCAUCUUCCCCACUCCUGAUCCGGCAGCACUGAAGGAUCGCCGCAUGGAGAACUUGGUGGCUUAUGCCAGGAAAGUGGAAGGAGAUAUGUAUGAAUCUGCUAACAGUAGGGAUGAAUACUAUCAUUUAUUAGCAGAGAAAAUUUAUAAGAUACAAAAGGAGCUAGAAGAGAAACGGAGGUCUCGUCUACAUAAACAAGGGAUGUUGGGGAAUCAGCCAGCCUUACAGACCCCAGGACCUCAGCCUCCUGGUAUCCCACAGGUGGCUGCUGCCAUGGGCCAGGCACAGCCCGUGAGGCCGCCCAAUGGGCCUAUGUCCAUGCCAACCGUGCCGAUAAGUCGUAUGCAGGUUUCCCAAGGAAUGAAUCAGUUUAACCCCAUGUCCAUAGGGAAUGUACAGAUGCCACAAGCACCCAUGGGACCCCGUGCAGCUUCUCCAAUGAGCCAUCCUGUACAAAUGAACAACAUGGGCGCUGUUCCUGCGAUGGCAAUGUCUCCUUCCCGAAUGCCUCAGCCACAGAACAUGAUGGGAGCUCAUUCCAACAACAUGAUGGGUCAGGCUCCUACCCAGAACCAGUUCCUGCCCCAGAAUCAGUUCCCAGCAUCUAGUGGGGCUAUGAAUGUGAACAAUGUGGGCAUGGGUCAAUCGACAGCCCAGGCCGGGGUGCCACAGCAGGGGCAGGUUCCCAGUGCUGCUCUUCCCAACUCCAUGAACAUGCUAGGACCGCAGAGUGGGCAGUUACCAUGUCCAUCAGUGACCCAGCCACCUCUACAUCAGACUACACCUCCUGUGUCCACUGCUGCUGGGAUGCCACCUAUUCAGCACCAAACGCCAACUGGAAUGACUCCUCCUCAGCCAGCAGCACCCACUCAGCCUUCGACACCGGUCUCAUCUUCAGGACAAACACCAACACCAACACCGGGUUCCGUUCCAAAUGCGACACAGACACAAAGCACACCUACAGGGCAGACUGCGGCACAGGCCCAAGUCACACCGCAACCUCAGACCCCAGUUCAACCCCAGUCUGUGCCAACCCCGCAGCCAUCCCAGCAACAGCCAACAUCUGUGCAGGCACAGCCACCUGGCACUCCACUAUCCCAGGCAGCAGCUAGUAUUGAUAACAGGGUCCCCACCCCUGCCUCAGUUGCUAGUGCUGAUACGAAUUCCCAGCAACUAGGACCAGAUGCACCAAUGCUAGAAAGCAAAUCAGAAGUUAAAACUGAAGAAACUGAGCCAGAGACUAGUGAGACACAAGUGGAAGCUAAGACUGAGGUGGAGGAGGAUUUGCAAGGAUCUUCACAAACAAAAGAAGAAACAGAUGGAACAGAACUGAAACAAGAGCCAAUGGAAAUAGAAGAAAAGAAGCCUGAAAUAAAAGUAGAUGCUAAAGAGGAAGAGGAGAGCGGCACUAAUGGAACCACUUCACAAUCCACAUCGCCAUCUCAGCCCCGCAAAAAAAUUUUCAAACCUGAGGAGCUGCGCCAGGCUCUCAUGCCUACCCUUGAAGCUUUGUACCGCCAGGACCCAGAGUCUCUACCUUUUAGACAGCCUGUGGAUCCCCAGCUUCUAGGGAUUCCGGACUACUUCGACAUUGUGAAGAAUCCUAUGGAUCUUUCAACGAUUAAACGUAAAUUGGAUACCGGGCAGUACCAAGAACCCUGGCAAUACGUGGAUGAUGUUUGGCUAAUGUUUAACAAUGCCUGGCUUUACAAUCGCAAGACUUCCAGGGUCUAUAAGUUUUGCACUAAACUUGCAGAAGUGUUUGAGCAAGAAAUUGAUCCCGUUAUGCAAUCACUUGGCUACUGUUGUGGGCGCAAGUAUGAGUUUUCUCCACAGACCUUGUGCUGCUAUGGCAAGCAGUUGUGUACUAUUCCUCGUGAUGCUGCCUACUACAGUUACCAGAAUAGGUAUCACUUCUGUGAGAAGUGUUUCACUGAAAUCCAGGGGGAGAAUGUCACCCUGGGUGAUGACCCUUCCCAGCCUCAAACAACCAUCUCUAAGGAUCAGUUUGAAAAGAAGAAAAAUGAUACACUAGAUCCAGAGCCGUUUGUUGACUGCAAAGAGUGUGGUCGGAAGAUGCACCAGAUUUGUGUAUUACAUUAUGAUAUUAUUUGGCCUUCAGGGUUUGUCUGUGAUAAUUGUCUGAAGAAGACUGGUAGAACACGCAAAGAAAACAAGUUCAGUGCUAAAAGGCUACAGACUACGCGUUUAGGAAACCAUUUGGAAGACAGAGUAAACAAAUUUUUGCGGCGACAGAAUCACCCUGAAGCUGGAGAGGUCUUUGUCAGAGUAGUAGCAAGUUCAGAUAAGACAGUAGAAGUUAAACCAGGAAUGAAAUCCAGAUUUGUGGACUCUGGUGAGAUGUCAGAAUCUUUCCCUUACCGUACCAAAGCUCUGUUUGCAUUCGAGGAGAUAGACGGAGUAGAUGUAUGCUUCUUUGGCAUGCAUGUACAGGAGUAUGGCUCAGAUUGCCCCCCUCCAAACACAAGGCGUGUGUACAUAUCGUAUCUAGAUAGUAUUCAUUUCUUCCGCCCCCGUUGUCUCCGAACUGCAGUUUAUCAUGAAAUCCUUAUUGGGUAUUUGGAGUACGUGAAGAAACUUGGGUAUGUGACAGGACACAUCUGGGCCUGUCCCCCAAGUGAAGGAGAUGACUAUAUUUUUCACUGCCAUCCACCUGAUCAGAAAAUACCCAAACCCAAACGUUUGCAAGAAUGGUAUAAGAAGAUGCUGGAUAAGGCAUUUGCUGAGAGAAUCAUUCAUGACUACAAGGACAUCUUCAAACAAGCAACAGAGGACAGGCUGACAAGUGCCAAGGAGCUGCCUUACUUUGAGGGUGAUUUCUGGCCCAAUGUGCUGGAAGAAAGCAUUAAGGAGUUGGAGCAGGAAGAGGAGGAAAGAAAAAAGGAAGAAAGUACUGCAGCUAGUGAAACAACAGAGCAAGGUGUUUUGCAAAUAAAUAGGGUAGGAAAAUCUGAAGUCUACCAGACUGAAGUGGAACCAAAAAAUUCCAAUGGGAAGGACUGCAUUCAGCUUAGAUGCCAUGACAAUUUGGAUACAGGAAGCCAGGGUGACAGCAAAAAUGCCAAGAAAAAGAACAACAAAAAAACCAACAAGAAUAAGAGCAGCAUCAGCAGAGCUAACAAGAAGAAACCCAGCAUGCCAAAUGUGUCCAAUGAUCUGUCUCAGAAGCUGUAUGCCACUAUGGAGAAGCAUAAAGAGGUCUUUUUUGUGAUUCAUUUACAUGCUGGGCCUGUAAUUAACACUCUGCCUCCCAUUGUGGACCCUGAUCCAUUACUUAGCUGUGAUUUGAUGGAUGGGCGAGAUGCCUUCCUCACCUUAGCCAGAGAUAAGCACUGGGAGUUCUCCUCACUACGCCGAUCCAAAUGGUCCACGCUCUGCAUGCUGGUAGAGCUACAUACUCAAGGGCAGGAUCGCUUUGUCUAUACGUGCAAUGAGUGCAAACAUCAUGUGGAAACAAGGUGGCAUUGCACUGUCUGUGAGGACUACGACCUCUGCAUUAACUGCUACAACACUAAGAGCCAUGACCACAAGAUGGUUAAGUGGGGCCUGGGUCUGGAUGAUGAGAGCAACAGCCAAGGAGAGCAACAGUCAAAGAGCCCCCAGGAGUCGCGACGACUGAGCAUCCAGCGCUGCAUACAGUCCCUUGUCCAUGCCUGUCAGUGCCGCAAUGCCAACUGCUCAUUGCCAUCCUGCCAGAAGAUGAAACGGGUUGUCCAGCACACCAAGGGCUGCAAGCGCAAGACCAACGGUGGCUGUCCAGUGUGCAAACAGCUCAUAGCUCUUUGCUGCUACCAUGCCAAACACUGCCAAGAGAACAAAUGCCCUGUGCCAUUCUGCCUCAAUAUCAAACACAAACUUCGACAGCAGCAGAUACAGCAUCGCCUGCAGCAGGCUCAGCUCAUGCGCAGAAGGAUGGCUACCAUGAACACCCGAAAUGUGCCUCAGCAAAGUUUGCCUUCUCCUACCUCAGCAACGCCUGGUACCCCUACACAGCAGCCAAGUACACCACAAACACCGCAGCCUCCUCCCCAGCCCCAGCCUUCCCCUGUAAGUAUGUCACCGGCUGGCUUUCCCAGUGUGUCGAGAACUCAGCCCCCUACCACUGUUUCAACAGGAAAACCUGCAAAUCCGGUUUCUGCACCUCCACCUCCGGCUCAGCCUCCACCGGCCGCGGUGGAAGCGGCUCGGCAGAUUGAGAGAGAAGCUGCCCAGCAGCAGCAGCAGCUCUACAGGGUCAACAACAUUAACAAUGGCUUGCCUCCUGGGCGCCCAGGACUAGUAAACCCAACAGUGGGUUCAGUGAACCAGAUGCAGCAAGUCAGCAUGAAUGUACCCCGGCCCAACCCUGUAAGUGGUCCAGUGAUGUCCAACAUGCAGCCUGGACAAUGGCAGUCACCUCCAAUGCCGCAGCAGCAACCAAUGCAGCCAGGAAUGGCAAGACCAGUUAUGCCAAUGGCGACACCACAAGCAGUGGCUGGGCCAAGGAUGCCAGGUGUGCAGCAGCCUCCACGGAGCAUCCCCCCGAAUGCACUUCAGGACUUACUGAGGACCUUGAAAUCACCGAGUUCUCCACAGCAGCAGCAGCAAGUUCUUAAUAUCCUUAAAUCCAAUCCUCAGCUUAUGGCAGCUUUUAUAAAGCAAAGAACAGCCAAAUACGUGGCUAACCAGCCUGGGAUGCAGCCGCAAGCAGGCAUACAGCCCCAGCCUGGGAUGCAGCAGCCACAGACUGGCAUGCAACAGCCAGGCAUGCACACUCAAGCAGGACUGCAGAACAUGAACGCGAUGCAAGCAGGAGUGCAGAGACCGAGCGUUCCUCCCCAGCAGCAAGGGAUAGGCGCUAUGAAUCCCCAGGGACAAGCGAUAAACAUCAUGAACCCCAACCACAACCCUAGCAUGGCAAACAUGAGUCCGCAGUACAGAGAAAUACUGAGGCGGCAAUUACUGCAGCAGCAGCAGCAACAGCAGCAGCAGCAAGGAGGGGCUGGCAUGGCAGGAGGGAUGGCAGGACAUAACCAGUUCCAGCAGCCUCAAGGACCAGGAGGUUACCCUCAAGCCAUGCAGCAGCAGCGGAUGCAGCAGCAUAUAUCGAUACAGGGGGGUUCCAUGGGACAGAUGGCUCAGAUGGGACAGCUGAACCAGAUGGGCCAGCCCGGCAUGGGGGCUGAUGGCACUCCCAACAUCCAGCAAGCGCUGCAGCAGCGGAUCCUGCAACAGCAGCAGAUGAAACAGCAGAUAGGGUCCCCUGGCCAGCCUAACCCCAUGAGCCCACAGCAGCACAUGCUCUCAGGACAACCGCAGGCUUCUCAUCUCCCAGGCCAGCAGAUUGCCACCUCCCUCAGCAACCAGGUGCGGUCCCCAGCACCUGUUCAGUCUCCCCGUCCCCAGUCCCAGCCACCACAUUCCAGCCCAUCACCCCGGAUACAGCCCCAACCAUCACCUCACCACGUCUCUCCCCAGACUGGUUCCCCCCACCCAGGACUUGCAGUCACUAUGGCUAGCUCCAUGGAUCAGGGACACUUGGGCAACCCAGAACAGAGUGCAAUGCUUCCACAACUAAACACCCCAAACAGGAGUGCGUUGUCUAACGAAUUGUCUCUGGUCGGUGACACCACCGGGGACACAUUAGAAAAAUUUGUGGAGGGUUUGUAGCAUUAUGGGAGCAUCACUUUUUUUUCUUUCGUGUUCUUGGACAUUUUGUACUGAAAAUUCAGACAUCUGGGUUGUUUUGAAUCCUGGAUGGAACUGCUGCUUCCUACACCUGGAAGAAUGAAUUGCUGUUAAAAAAAAAUAUAAAAUUAAAAAAAACAAACAAACAAACAAAACAAACAAACAAAAAAAACCAAUACAAAGAAUAUAUUUUUUUGUUAAAGCCAGGCUGUUAAAAUAUCUGGUCCUUUUGUGGGUUUUUUUGGUUUUUAUUUUUUUGUUGCUGUUGGCUCAUACCUUUUUUUUAUCGGGGAAAACAAGUUCAUUAUAUUCAUAUUUUUUAUUUGUAUUUUCAAGACUUUAAACAUUUGAGUUUAAAAGAAGAAAAAAAUAAUAUUCAGAAACUGUUUCCUGAAAUAAUGCAACAUUAUAGUGUAUCCCGGUAACUUUGACAUGUUGCGGGAAGAUUUUUGUUUUUUCUAUAGUGAACUCUGCAGGCGUUUGAAGUAUUACCCCUGGGAAGAUAGGAAUUGACUCUUGCACACAAAACCACACAUUGGCCAAUGCCAAAAUCCUUGUCUUGCAGAUGUAGAAAUUGUUGCUUUGUUUCUCUGAUAAAACUGGUUUUAGAUGAAAAUAGGGAUGAUCACUCUUAGACCGUGCUGAUUUGAAUAGAGAAGAAGCAUUCUUUUCUUUCUUUCUUCUGUGUGAAACUUGAAAUGAGGAAAAGCAAUUCUAGUGUAAAUCAUGCAAGCGCUAUAAUUACUAUAAAUAAGAAAAUCCAAGAAGAUUCAAUCACUGUAUAGAAUGGUAAAAAAAAAAACAAACUCAUUUCUUAUAAUAUCAUAUUGUUAAAUAAACUGUGUGCAACAGACAAAAAAGGGUGGUCCUUCUUGAAUUCAUGUACAUGGUAUUAACACUUAGUGUUUGGGGUUUUUGUUAUGAAAAUGCUGUUUUCAACAUUGUAUUUGGACUAUGCAUGUCUUUUUUCCAUUGUAUAUAACGUAUUGCUUAAAAUUGAUAUAAAUUACUGAAGUUUUUAACAUG